CCGGUGGUUUUAUUUCUUUGCAAAUAGGCUUAUAAAUUAUCAGUGUUAACAACACCCAAAGUUUAUCUAACAUACUCACAUGUAGAAAGUUUUUAUCAAAAUAUUUUAGGAGGUUCAAAAAGGAGGGGAUACUAGUAUUUAAACGUCGCGCUUCAAACGUGUUAACAAGUAACAUUGGUAAGGUUACUAUAAUAACAUUGCUGAAGGCAAAAAAAUCUUUUAUUCAGCUGCUUAACGAUGCAGCUGGUUCCAAUAAUUUGGUUAGCCAUGCUGGCUCAGUGUGUCAAAUUACAACAAAAUACCAAAGUCGCACUACCAACAACCAUAAACACAUUUCCUUCAAUCAUGGACCCAUUAGAAAUUACUCUCGGCAGAAUCAAAUCUAUUGAGAAAGCAAAGGAUCAUUUUGUCAUAGAAUAUGACUCAGCAUACUCUGGCAGAUUAUACAUGCUCAAUGGCCAUACCUUCAGGCAUUUUGUGUCUAAAGAAGAAUUCAUUGAUUUCCCAGAACCUAGGAAUGAAGAAGAUAUUGCUAAAAUGGUGCUUAAAAGUGUUGAUGAGUAUGACACCGUUCCGUUCGAUAUCUCCACUAUAGAGGAGACUGAAGACUCUUUCAUAAUAGAUGCAGAACAUAUCAAAAUCUAUUUAAAUAAAGACAAUGGUACAAUGAAGGUAAAAGAUAAACGCACAGACAAAAAAGUGUUGCAAGAGGCUAAGCCACUAUCAUUUGUUAAUGGCAAAACAGUACAGCUAUUCGUUCAUCACAAAAAUGAACAUUUCUUCGGUGGUGGAAUGCAAAACGGCAGAUUUGCUCACAAGGGAGAAAGCAUACAGAUAGUUAACACCAAUAACUGGAUAGAUGGUGGAGUCACAUCUCCAAACCCAUUUUACUGGUCUACUUACGGCUAUGGCGUUAUGCGGAAUACUUGGCAAUCGGGCUUGUACGAUUUCGGAUCGAAAAUCGAGAAAUACGUAACAACUACACACAACGAAAAAUAUUUCGAUGCAUUUUACUUCAUCAGCUCUCACCCCAAAGAUAUUUUGCUGGACUAUUUUCAUCUCACGGGUCGGCCGAUUCUGCUUCCCGAAUACGCCUUUUACCAAGCGCAUUUGAACGCUUUCAACAGAGAUUAUUGGGUCGAGGUAACGGCUGACACGGAGGGUGCUAUCCUGUAUGAAGAUGGGAAGUAUUAUAAAAGUUAUCAACCCCAAGAUUUAGGAAACAAAACGGGAAUUUUAGAAUCGUUGAACGGUGAAUUAAACAACUACCAGUUUUCUGCUCGAGCGAUGAUAGAUAGAUACGUAAACAAUGAUAUGCCGCUCGGCUGGUUUAUACCCAACGAUGGAUACGGCUCAGGGUAUGGGCAAACAGACUCGCUUCAAGGAGACAUCCAAAAUUUGAAAGAAUUUGCCAUUUAUGCGAGGAAACAAGGAGUGGAAGUUGCUCUGUGGACGGAAUCAAAUCUAGAGCCCAAAGAUCCUGAAAAUCCGAAGAAGGGAGAAAGAGAUCUAAGCAGAGAAGUGAGUGAGGCUGAUGUGGUAACCCUGAAAUGUGACGUGGCCUGGAUCGGUUACGGUUAUUCCUUUGGACUGAAUGCAGUCGAAAAUGCUACUAAGAUAUUUGCCUCGUCAACUAAAAGAGCCGCGAGACCAUUUAUCAUAAUGGUCGACGGGUGGGCUGGCACUCAGAGAUACGCGGGAAUCUGGAGCGGGGACCAGUCCGGCGGACAGUGGGAAUAUAUACGCUUCCAUAUCCCUACUUACAUUGGCUCAGGCCUCUCGGGGCAGCCUGUUGUAGGCUCCGACAUGGACGGAAUAUAUCGCGGGGGUAAAAAAGAAGUCAACAUUCGGGAUUACCAAUGGAAAACUUUUACUCCGCUACAACUGAACAUGGACGGAUGGGGGUCAGCCCCUAAAACGCCUUUCACCUUUGAUAACGAAGCUACAUAUCUCAACAGAGCUUACUUAAAACUGAAAUCGGUACUCAUGCCGUACACUUACUCUAUCAACUACGAAUCUAUCCGAGGUUUGCCGAUGGUAAGAGCCAUGUUUCUUGAGUUUCCUGAAGAAACUCCGGCUUACACGGACGAUUCUAAAUAUCAAUACAUGUGGGGCCCGAAUAUUCUCGUAGCGCCGGUAUACACGCCCGAUCCUUUCAGGAAUGGCAUUUACUUACCCAACCCUCAACAGGUUUGGAUAGACUUUUUCACUGGAGACAUGUACCAGGGUGGGAAGAUUUACAACAACUUCAAAACUCCUCUUUGGAAGAUACCAGUUUUUAUCAAAAACGGUGCUAUUAUUCCUACAACAGAACCUAACAAUAACCCUACUGAAAUUAAAAGAGACAGUAGAUCGUUUUAUCUUUACCCUUACGGGUCAUCAAACUUCGAGGUUUACGAAGACGACGGUAUUUCGGUCGAUUACGAAAAAGGCCAUUUUGCUAAAACAAAAGUAAAAAUGGCCACAACCGAAUCCAAUAAAAAUGAACCAGAUGACCUGUAUGUUAGUAUCGAAGAAACCAAGGGAAAUUACAAAGGCAUGGUAAACGAAAGAAGCACUUUAAUUAAAAUAAUGACUUCUGUAGAACCAAAGGAGGUCGAAAUAAUGUCCCACGGACAAUACACUCCAUUGAAGAGAGCACAGUCUGAGUCUGAGUAUAACGCUGGGGAAGAUAUUUAUUUCAUUAAAGAUGACGAAAUGGUGAUCCCAUUCAUGCGAGAUUAUGCUGCAGAAAAUCUCACACAAAAGUUUUUGUUGAUAAAAUUGAAAAAAAUCGACGUAACCAAAGAAAAGGUCCACUUAAAAGUUACUGGCUUUGAAAAUAAAGGCAAAGUAUUUGGCAAAGACAACGGUAUCAACUCCUCUCUCCUGACACCAACUAACUUUGCACUUCACGAGGCCACGCCCACAUCUCUGACAUUGUCGUGGGACGAAGUAAAGGAAGCAAAAUACUAUGAAAUUGAGAGAGAUGGUUACAUAUUCAGCAACAUUAUUGGGAACAAGUUUACUUUCCACGGCUUUAAAUUUGUAACUGAACAUUCCUUUAGAAUACGUAGCGUAAACGAUGGCGAAUCGGAAUGGAGCGACAUUCUCUCGACGCUUACAAAAGAAGACCCGUAUAUAAACACAUUGAAGGACGUAAGGGUGUCAUGCAACUUCCCGUGUCAGCCGAACCAGGAGAUUUGCAAACUGACCGACGGGGACGCAAAUUCCUUGUGGCACACACACUGGGGCUCGCCCGGAAAGUUGUGCCCAGUCAAAGGAAAAACGAUGAAGCUAAAUUUCGACUUGGGAGAUGUGCACGAGGUUGAGAAGAUGGAAUAUCUGCCGCGCGAGGACGCGGGCAACGGCACCUUCCUUCUGAUUCAGUACAGGCUCUCAAAGGACGGCCACAUCUGGACACCCUUGUCCCCAAAGAUUUACUUGAAGCAUGAUGCGGAUACAAAGAUUAUUAAAUUGGACAGUGCCUUCAGGUACAUAGAUUUACACGUUUUAGAUAGUGUCGGCAGCUUCGGAUCCGGAAAACUCGUCCGUUUCUAUAAGAAAAAAUAAAUAUACCUAAGAUUUCAUGUUUCAGGCAUAACUUAUUACCUACAUAAGACGUGUUUCGUUGACAAUUAUUGUAUUUAUUUAAUGUUGCGAUUUUGUACACUAAGUAUUCUCGCAUUUAUCACUUCCGCCAUUAUCAUAGUUUUAA